AAUCAGGUCAGAUCUAGAACAGCGGACGCUAAUGCGCUCUUGAGGCAGCACUUCACCAACCAUCGUGGACUUCUCUACUCUGGAGCAAAACACACAAAGUUUGCAGCUGUGAGGCGUAACCACCUGACGUCUGUGGCCACAUAAAAGAAAAUCGAUUCCUGGCUAUAUGUGUCCCCGGAUAGGGAAGGGGGCAGGAGAGAGAGGAUUAAGAGAAAAGAGCAUCAGGAGAGUACAACAGCAGAGAGCUGUCACUUAAGGAGGAGGGGUACCGAAGCCCACCCGAGCCGCGUGUGUUUCCGAGGCGGAUGUGGAGAUGAUGGAAAGCUGUCGCUUUUGACUGGAUUUCGAUCUUCUGGAUCUGGGACGCGAUCUGGACUCAUGCCACGCAUUCUACUUCCGCGGAACAGACAUUAAACCCACGACCAGUUUCCUAUUUAUUUAUUUAUUUAUUUAUUUAUUUAUUUAUCCCUCUAUCCCUGAUCCAAUGGAUCGGAUGUCGGAUCGGAUCUGACUGCGCGCGUGACUUCCAAACACUGGAUCUUACUUUUCAAGGGAGAAGAUGCCCUUCCAUCAUGUGACGGCAGGGCUGCUGUAUAAAGGCAACUAUCUGAGCCGCUCUCUGUCUGAACGCAGCGAUAGCGACCAGCUGGCUAGUAUCUCUGCAGAGGAACUAGAUGAAAUCCGUGAGGCCUUUAGGGUGCUGGAUCGCGACGGCAACGGCUUCAUCUCCAAACAGGAGCUCGGCAUGGCCAUGCGCUCACUCGGGUACAUGCCCAGUGAAGUGGAGCUGGCCAUCAUCAUGCAGAGACUGGACAUGGAUGGGGACGGACAGGUGGAUUUUGAUGAGUUUAUGACGAUACUGGGCCCCAAACUUCUCUCGUCUGAAACACGGGAAGGCUUUCUUGGGAACACAAUAGACAGCAUAUUUUGGCAGUUUGACAUGCAGCGAAUAACAUUGGAGGAACUCAAGCACAUCCUAUUCCAUGCCUUCCGGGAUCACCUCACAAUGAAGGACAUCGAGAACAUUAUCAUUAACGAGGAGGAGAGCCUGAACGAGAAUUCAGGGAACUGCCAUGCAGAGUUUGAGGGAGUCCAUCCAACAAAGAAGAACCGACAGACGUGUGUGCGCAAGAGCCUGAUCUGCGCCUUUGCCAUGGCCUUCAUCAUUAGUGUUAUGCUUAUCGCGGCCAAUCAGAUGCUGCGUAAUGGAAUGGAAUAGCGACGCCACUGUGAGCAGGGGUGUGUGGGCGGAACCUGCAUGUGCAUGUCCGUCAAAGACGUCAUUCCCUUCUGCCUGAACACAAAAUAAGCCUUCGACCUGCAUCAUUCGGACUAAUUAAACCAAACACCUCGUCAUAAGAAUGGUGGAGUGAUUUUUUUUCUGUCAGAAACGGCAGCCAGCAGGGGGCCAUGCUUUACUCAAAACCCCUCUCCACCUCACUGGCAGGGACUUUAAAGGGCUGACAUGUUCUAUCGUUUUUUCCCCUUUUUCUCUUCCCAUGCCGCCUCUCUUUCCUCAGUGCAAUAACCUCUAGAAGCCUCUCCGACAUCUCAUUUUCGUCUCCCAUUUUCAUCAAGGAUGUGCUGAAGAGCUGCUUCCAGGCACAGACAUACUUGGCAAAUGGAACCUGUCCCCAAGUUAUCAGUAUUAGCCACUUGUCUCAAUACUUUUUCUUUACAGCUUUGAGAGUCUGUAGGGCGAAUCUUCUGUUUGUAAUUGAUGAGGUCUCCUGCUUGAUUAUUCUUGAUCCUAUUUAAAAACCAGAGCAGGGUUGUUUGGCUCAGGCCACGUUGUUCGUCCUUGCUGGAAGAUCUCUGAUGAUUAGCUUAUCUUUUAUGGCAUUAUCACACUUCGCCCAAACACUUUGACCUGUACCCGGGAUUAAUUCUGGACAUGUUUGGUGGAAGGUGACACACGGGGAGUUAUUUCCAAAAAGAAAAGUGCAGAGAAAUUGUACAUAUUGUACACAUAAAUCUGGUGCAAUAAAAGUAUCUGCAUCAGACCAUUUACUGACCUGAAAACUGGCUUUGGAUUUGAUAUAUUUUCCAUUACAAUCCACUGAUGCAGUGAAUCUAUUCCGAUUUGCCUCUACUAUAAAUGCGAAAAGAAUCAUUGUCAGCGUCAUUGACUCCUGAUUGGGUAUUGACUCCUGGAUUUACCAUGUAGUCUGAUUUAUUCCAUUUCCAAAUUUUAUGGGCGGUUACAUUUAACCCGCCUGAGCUGCCUUAAGACCUACAGAGACAUGAUUUCUCAUCAAAUUCGACCCCAAACCCCAUCUAAGCAUUAUGAAUGUCCUUUUCACGAUUGUCAGGAUUAUUCACAGAAGCUCAGGAACA